UCACUCAGCCCUUUUGACUCCCGGUUCUCCUCAGACAACUCAAAGCACAACGGGAGGGAAACCCAACGCCACGCUCUCCCCUCGGCGUUCUCGCCACAACUUCCCAAACUACCCCUCCUGCAGUCCUGCUCCCGCUCGCUCAUCUGGUCAUCCCUCACCAGCACCGGCCAGAACCUGCUCCAGGCCCCAGCUCUCGGGAAAUGGCCGCGUAGCACAGCAAGAAGGCAAGGAGGACAAGGGAGGCAAUGGGCUGCUGGGUGAGCAAGAAGUGCGACGAGCCGCUGGGCACGGCGGGGGAGGCUUACUCUCGCCGGCGGUCGGAGGCGCGCGACCCGCCGCCCCCGCCGCCUGAGGAGGAGAAGGUCAAGGAGGUGCUCUCGGAGACCCCGAAGGCCAAGCCGAGGCCCAGGCCUCGGCGAGUGGCUGCAUCGGUGGGGCAAGAAGCAGGGGGGACGGCGCCCAAGGCGAAGGGCGGCGGUGCGAGGGUGAGGGAUGGUGGUAUGGCACGUAGGGCCGUGGGGGCAGCGCGUUCCGGGCCUUCCGGCGACGAGAAGUCGGAGUCGUCGGCCGCGACAACGGCUGCGGGCCCCGAGCGGUCUCCGGCGAAGGUGCCGGCCAUGAGGCGCGCAGCCGUGUCCGGCGAGCUCGGCCGCGCCAGGCGGGACCGAGGUGCUGCCACUGCCCCCGGCACAGGGCGCCCCGGUGGCGGGCGCGCGUCCCCCUCGCCGCCGCCUACGCAGCGGCGGCGCGACCCCGGUGAGCGGCCUGGCCGGAGGUCUCCGUCGCCGGCAGCGAAGCGGCCGCAGGACCAGCGCCGCGCUGCGGGCGCGGGCGCCGCCGCCACCUCCGGCGCACAGUGUAAGCCGCCUGUCACGGCGAGGCCGUGCGGCCGCCCGUCGCCGCGGCAUGGGCAGGAGGCGCCCGCGCCUCCCCAGCUCUCGCCGCCGAUGCAGCUUCUCGGGCCUGCGUAUUCUGCAUCUCCACCGGCGCCGCCGCGAGCGCAGGAUAAUGCUGCCGCCACCGCCGCCGGCGACGGCGAAGGGAAGGAGUCCUUGGACAACCCCUUGGUGGCGAUGGAAUGCUUCAUCUUCCUGUAGCGCUAAUCCUCCCCUCCUCCCUUUUGAGCAAGUUUAACUACUCCAUAGAGUACCUAGCCAGCAGCAUAAUUUGAUGAGUAAUCUCGUUGCUAAUGUUUCCCCUGGGUUGGCUUUUUUAUCCCCGGGAGAAAAUCACUCCCAGGCUAUGUUAGCCGCGUGGCUUUAUGUGAUGCGCUGUUGUGGUCUCCUCGUGUCCUUGUCCUUGAUGUAAUAAUCUGUAGAGUACCUCGCUGAUUACUUCCUGUUAAGUUGUAAUCUUUUGUUUCUUGUUGCAAAAUUGAGCCGUUCAGAGCUGGUAAGGUUCUCCA